AUGGAUCCAACAGAGGCAGAAAGAAACCACCCGGGUGAACGGUCGCCCCAGCUCGGAGCGGCCGUCGGGAACAGAGAGUGGGCUGUGGCUUGGCUUAAGGUAACACCAAUAAUUAAAGCGCUCUGGAGGGGUGAAGAAAAGACGCAGCGGAUUGAACAGAGUCUCCAGGGGAGAGAGAAGGAGCAGGAAGAUAAGGUCUAUGAGGAAGCGCAGAGCGGCGAAAUCGACUGUACAACGCUGCUUGUUAUCCAGCCUGACAGUCAGAGAGAUAGACGGCCAAGCAGCAGAACUCCGCCCCGGGAAAACGUCAUGCUGGAACCGGGAACUCCCUUGCUGCCUACCCCGCAGCGCUUCACUCUCACGGGGGAGAGAAACCUUCCCCGGCGGCCGAUUAAGAGCGAUUUGGAAACGACAGCUACAAGCGAAGCCAGCCUGCUAAUGGAAAACAUUAGGCUGACAGCCCCUGCAGACGCAGAGCGACCAUUACGUCAUGCAGAGAGAGACCAGACACUACGGAGCACAGUUAGAGCGAGAGAGAGGACGUACAGUAACGAAACCAGCCCCCUGCACGGAGGAGAGGAAUCCAGGCUGCAGUUACAGAUGGAGGGGGGUGGUCCACAACCUGUCUCGCUUCCUCAACCACCUGCUCCUUUGCAUGGACUAGUCCCAAAGCUUCCACGGUACAACGGGGUCAUGUCUUUGGAAGCCUUUCUGACCCAGUUUGAAUUAGUGGCUGAAGAUUAUGCCUGGUCCCAGCGCAAGAAGGCUUCCUGCCUGUCUCAGUCACUGGAGGCAUACCGUGACGAGCCCACCAGCUUUAGCCAGAGGAUCGCUUUGGACACCUUCCUCCGCAGCCUACAACCCCCAGAGCUGCGUCACCAGGUCCGCCUGAAGAGGCCCAGCACACUAAAAGAAGCCCUUGGAUAUGCACAAUCCAUUGAAGAGGUGUUACUGGAUGAAGAGCCACUACCACGCCACUUUACUUCCAAGCCAGUCCGAUUGGUGGAGCAUAUGUGGAGAGACACUGAAGGCACUGACAGCGAACCAGAGUACAAAGUGAGAGCGGCUACUACCAACCCUCGACGAUUGAACCCAACCGCAGCCGAAUUCGACUCAAACCAACCCCGUGUGGUGGGCCGCACUGGUGACGGGGCCUUCCUGCAUGCUCCUGUCCUCAUUGAGGGGGUCCCCUGCAUGGCCCUCAUCGACACCGGCUCCUCCAUCACUGUCGUUCGUCCUGAUGUCCUUCACCAAGCAGUAGGAGACUGGAGAAACAGAGUCAGACCGACACCGGUUCAACUGAAAACGGUCACCGGAGAGCAAGCACCCAUGGAAAGUAGGGGCCAACUGAGGGUCACAUACGCCGGACGGACCUUCCGCCACAAAGUUUGGCUCGCCGCAGUCCAAGAUGGCUGUAUCCUCGGGUUGGAUUUCCUGAGGAGGGCCGGUAUCUCCCUUGAUCUUCGCCAUGGGCACACCACCACCUUUGCCGAGCCUGGCCUGGCACUGCCAGCCUUAGGGGAGUCGACCAAGUCUAGGGGGGUGGUGUGUUAUGCACAGACAGCCCUACAGUCGAUAUCAGCUGCUGCUGAAGUCCUUCCUCCAAAGCCCCCCUGCUCACAGGGCGCAGCGGCUUGGCCUUCUCCAGUCCCCUGCUCUACACAGGAAGGGUUGCCCCCAACCCCACAGCACUUCCAGGCCACCGUUACAACAAACAUCACCCCUCCACCAAAGCCCUCACCUGCCUCAGUUAUGUCCCAGGAGACUGGCAUGAAACCGCAAUCUACCACCCCGUCUGAGACAAAAAUGGCAGUGGAAGCAGUCUGGCGCCGUAGCUGUGAGGGGCUUUGCCCGGAGCAGCAGGACCAGUUGGGGGAGCUGCUGGCCAAGUUCCCCAACUGCUUCGCCACCAAGCCUGAAGAAACCGGCCACACGCAUGUUAUCCAGCAUUCCAUUAACACCGGUGGGUCCCCCCCGAUUAGGCAGCGCCCCCGCCGACUUCCACUUGCCAAACAGGGAGUAGCUGAGAAGAUUAUCCGGGAGAUGAGAGAGGCUAACAUUAUAGAACCAUCAGACAGCCCAUGGGCCUCUCCAGUCGUUCUCGUUCCCAAGAAGAGUGGAGAGAUGCGGUUUUGUGUGGACUACCGCCGCCUCAAUGAGGUUACGAGGAAAGACUCCUACCCCCUGCCUCGGAUAGAUGAGUCACUGGACCUGGUCGCUGGGUCCUCCUGGUUUAGCUCUUUGGACCUCCGCAGUGGGUACUGGCAAGUCGAGCUCUCCCCGGACGCUCGUUCAAAAACUGCCUUUUCAACUGGCAGGGGCUUGUGGCAGUUCCAAGUUAUGCCGUUCGGGCUGUGCAAUGCCCCUGCCACGUUUGAGCGUCUGAUGGAGAGGGUACUGGCCGGCAUUCCCCCUCAAGUGUGCCUGGUUUAUCUUGAUGACCUGCUAGUGCACGGCCCCACCUUCGAGCAGGCACUGGAAAACUUGAGGACCGUGUUGCAGCGACUGGAGACGGCCGGACUUAAGCUGCACCCGGACAAGUGCCGCUUUAUGCAGCAGGAGGUCUACUUCCUGGGGCACGUUGUGGGGCAGGAUGGAAUUAAGACUGACCCCUCAAAAAUCAACGCGGUGAGGCAGUGGGCCAGGCCGGCUAACCAACGCCAGCUGCGAGGGUUCAUUGGGCUUGCCUCCUACUACCGCCGAUUUGUUCCCCGGUUUGGCCACAUCGCAUUCCCUCUCCACCGACUCUUGAGGAAGAACCAGACCUUUGACUGGGACGAGGCCUGUGAAGAAGCUUUCACCACCCUGAAAGAAGCACUGAUCCAGGCGCCUGGUCUUAUGUUGCCACGGCCAGAUCUCCCCUUUGUGCUAGACACGGAUGCCAGCGACCGAGGUCUCGGCGCAGUGCUCUCCCAGAAGUGGCCAGAUGGAGAACACGUGGUUGCGUAUUAUAGCCACGCCCUCAGCAAACAGGAGCGGAGAUACUGUGUAACUCGCAGAGAGCUACUUGCUGUGGUAGUGGCUGUCAAACAGUUCCGGCCCUACCUGUGUGGAAGGCACUUCCUUCUGCGGACCGACCAUGCUUCACUCCAGUGGCUAGUCAACUUUAAGGAGCCCCAAGGGCAGCUAGCCCGCUGGUUAGAACAGCUGCAAGAGUUUGAUUUCACCAUCCAGCAUAGGGCUGGAGAGAAGCACUCUAACGCUGACGCAAUGUCCAGGCGCCCCUGCUUGCCAGACGACUGCGCCUACUGCCUGAAGAGGGAACAGCAGACAGAGGAGCAAGAGGGGUCAAAGGAGCUGUACCAUGUGGGAGCCCGAGCAGAGGGUGUUGGACAGACGAGGGAGUGCGGGGAGAUCCGUGUUGUGCCUGCAACUGAGUGGCGAGCGCAGCAGGAGAGAGACCAGGAUCUAGCACCAGUCUUCCAGUGGCUGGCGGAGAACCGACGGCCGGUCUGGGAGGAUGUAGCUGCUCAUUCAGAAGUCACCAAGGCACUCUGGUCACAAUGGGAUGGCGUGGCACUUCGGGAGGGAGUGCUGCAGAGACGCUGGGUAACACCAACAUCAGGAGAGACAAGGUGGCAGCUCGUGGUUCCGGAAGCCCUCAAGUCGGAGAUUCUGCGGGCUGUUCAUGGGACCCCUGGGGUGGGGCACUUUGGAGUGAACAAGACCCUCCAACGCCUGCGGCAGAGUUACUACUGGAGCCGAUGUCGGAGGGAUGUCGAAAACCAUUGCCGCAGGUGUGACCAUUGUGCUGCCCGCAAGGGUCCUCCGGGGCAGUCCCGUGCUCCCAUGCAGCAAUGUCCAGUGGGCGGUCCGAUGCAACGAGUUGGAGUGGACAUCCUUGGGCCAUUACCUGUGUCUGACAAGGGCAAUAAGUAUGUGCUGGUGGCGAUGGAUUAUUUUUCAAAAUGGCCAGAGGUCUACGCACUACCGGAUCAGGAGGCAAGCACGGUAGCAGAUGCUCUUAUUGAAGGCUUCUUUUCAAGGUUCGGGGUUCCUCAGGAGCUCCAUUCGGAUCAGGGCCGGAAUUUCGAAUCCCGGAUUUUUGCAGAGAUGUGCCGUCGCCUGGGGAUAAAGAAAACCCGCACCACCCCGCUCCACCCCCAGAGCGACGGCCUCGUGGAGCGCUUCAACAGGACUCUUUUGGCACAGCUGGCUAUUGUUACCAGUCGGAACCAACGAGACUGGGACCUCCAGCUGCCUCUAAUCAUGCUGGCGUACCGCACGGCGGUGCAGGAAUCGACAGGCUGCACUCCUGCACUGCUGCUCCUCGGUCGUGAGCUCCAGACACCGGCCGAGCUUGUGUUCGGUCGCCCUCCUGACGCCACAGCUCUCCCUCCUGGACCAGAGUAUGCCCGACGCCUUCAGGACCGGAUCGAUGCUGCUCACCAGUUUGCCCGGGACUGUCUACUGGCUGCCGGCAUACGACAGAAGAGGAAUUAUGACGUCCGGGAGAAGGGGCGACACUUUAAAGUGGGGGAGCUUGUUUGGGUCUACGGACCUAAACGGAAGAAGGGCCGUUGCCCCAAACUGGAUAGCCCCUGGGUGGGACCCUGUCGGAUCUUGCAACAGCUGGGCGAGGUGGUGUACCGGGUCCAAAUACACCUCACAGGAUGCUGCGUGGUCCUCCACCGGGACCGCCUUGCCCCCUACCGGGGAGACCAGGUACCCGACGCACCCCAGGGAGCCGGCCACCCAGGACAGGGACCUCAGAGUGGUCCAUUGGGAGCCCAUAGAGGAAGGCCCCAUCAUUCCACAAUCACCCCUCCUGUGGUGGCAUGCCACCGCCGGCCUCGAGUCUCUACUUCACAGAGGGGACCUCCAUCCCUUCAACCCAGCCGUCUUGCCUGUGAACCUAACCAAAGACCCCGCCGCAAGGUUCGGGCACCCCUGCGCUUCCGGGACACAGAUUGAGCUUUCCGAGGGCGGUAAGCAGCAAAAGGGGGGCAAUGUA